UUCCCUGCCGUUUUUCUGACCUCCCGCCUCUCGGUUUGGUCGGCCUGAAGAUGUCGAACGGCGGAGGGUCGUACAAUGCCCAGAACGACAGCCGGGCGGGCUCCACUGGUGAGCCGGACAUCGGCACCGAACCCACCGGCGGCUUCUUCUCUGCGGAUUACAAGAAGCAUGAUGACCUAAAGCAAAUGCUGGACAGCAACAAGGAUAACCUGAAGUUGGAAGCGAUGAAAAGAAUCGUUGGGAUGGUGGCAAAAGGCAAGGAUGCAUCAGACCUCUUUGCAGCUGUGGUGAAGAAUGUGGUGUCUAAGAACAUUGAAGUGAAGAAGCUGGUGUAUGUGUACCUGGUGAGGUAUGCUGAGGAGCAGCAGGACCUGGCACUGUUGUCCAUUGCAACCUUCCAGAGAGCACUCAAGGACCCUAACCAGUUGAUCCGAGCGAGCGCCCUGCGUGUGCUGUCCAGUAUACGUGUGCCUGUCAUCGUCCCCAUCAUGAUGCUGGCACUGAAAGACUCAGUGGUGGACAUGUCGCCCUACGUCAGGAAAACUGCUGCUCACGCCAUCCCCAAGCUCUACAGCCUUGACCCUGAGCAGAAGGAUCAGCUAAUCCAGGUCAUUGAGAAGCUCUUAGCAGACAAAACAACACUUGUGGUAGGCAGUGCGGUGAUGGCGUUUGAGGAGUUGUGUCCGGACCGGAUCGAUCUGAUCCACAAGAACUACCGCAAACUGUGCAACCUGCUGGUGGAUGUGGAGGAGUGGGGUCAGGUCGUCAUCAUCAACAUGCUGACCAGAUAUGCUCGCACACAGUUCCUGGAUCCGAACCAACAGGAUGCUGUAGCAGAUGAUGACAAGAACUUCUAUGGUGAUGAGGAUGAGAAGGAUAGUGAAGAGGAGGAGGAUGAUGAUGAGAAGGAGAAGACUCCUCCUAAGAAACCGUACAUGAUGGACCCCGAUCACAGACUCCUUCUGAGGAACACCAAGCCUCUUCUGCAGAGUAGAAAUGCUGCUGUUGUGAUGGCAGUAGCCCAGCUGUACCACCACAUCGCACCUAAGAGUGAGGUGGGGCUGGUGGCCAAGGCUCUGGUCAGGCUGCUCAGGAGUCACAGAGAGAUCCAGCAUGUGGUGCUCAGUAACGUGGCCACCCUGACAACCAUCAGGAAGGUAAGGGGUAUGUUUGAGCCCUACCUGAAGAGCUUCUUUGUGCGACCCAGUGACCCCAUACACGUCAGGACACUGAAGCUUGAAAUUCUCACCAACUUGGCCACAGAAACCAGCAUCUCCACCAUCCUCAGAGAGUUUCAGACAUAUGUGACCAGCUCAGACAAGGACUUUGUGGCGGCGACCAUCCAGGCGAUCGGGCGGUGCGCCAGCUCCAUCUCCGAGGUGACGGAGACGUGUCUGAACGGGCUGGUCGGCCUGCUGUCCAACAGGAAUGAGUACGUAGUGGCUGAGAGCGUGGUGGUCAUUAAGAAGUUGCUCCAGAUGCAGCCAGACUCCCACUCUGAGAUCAUCCAGCACAUGGCAAAACUGGCAGACUCCAUCACUGUGCCAAUGGCCCGUGCCAGUAUCCUGUGGAUGGUUGGGGAGUACUCCGAUCGGGUCCCAAAGAUUGCACCUGACCUGCUCAGGAAGAUGGCCAAGAACUUCAUCAAUGAGGAGGACAUUGUCAAGCUGCAAAUCCUCAACCUGGCAGCCAAACUUUGUAUCACCAACCCCAAACAGACAAAGCUGUUAUGUCAGUACGUGCUUAACCUGGCAAAGUACGACCAGAACUACGACAUCCGGGAUCGGGCGCGGUUUAUACGCCAGCUCGUGUCACCCGCAGGCGAGAAGGGAGCGCUCGGGAAACACGCCAAGAAGAUCUUCCUGGCCUCCAAACCUGCGCCUGUGUUGGAUUCUUCUUUCAAAGAUCGUGACCAAUGGCAGCUGGGCUCCCUGUCCCACAUGAUCAACCAGCGGGCCAGUGGAUACUCUCCUCUCCCAGACUACCCUGAAACAGCGCCGGAUCCGACCGUGCGAAAUGUGGAGGUGAAUCCUUGGGAGCAAGUACCCAUGCCAUGGGCUGAGAAGACCCAUAAGAAGAAAGCAGGCAAGCCAAAGAAGGAGGCCUUCUACUCUGAUGAGGAAGAAGAAUCAGAGUCAGAGUCUGACAGCGAGGAGUCCAGCAGCUCCAGCAGUGAGAGUGGGAGCGAAAGUGAAAGUGACGAUGACAGUAAAAGUGAGAGUGGAAGUGACAAGGAGAAGAAAUCAGAUGAGGAGCCUGAGAGCAGCAGCAGCAGCAGUAGUGAAUCUGAGAGCUCCUCGGAAAGCGAAUCUGAAAGUGAGAGUGAAAGUGAACCUGACACCAAACCUCAGAAAAAGACCCCACCACCUAAAACUAAGUCUUCUGCAAAACCAAAGAAAGAGGCAAAACAGGAAGUGAGCCUGCUGGAUCUGGAUGUCAUUGACAUGUCCAGUACAUCAGCGCCUGUCCCUGCUCCAGCCUCAGCGCUGGACGUCCUGAGUCCUUCCCUGGCCAGCGAUCUCCAGGGACUGUCCAUUAACGACAAGAAGGACACGGCUAUAAGCGUGACCACUCCAAUGUUUGUCUCCACGACGUCCCACGAGUUGUUACACAGAAUGACAGGAGAAGGUUUGGCAGCCAACUACAGAUUUACCCGCGGCACGUGCAUCUACUCCACUUCCAUGGUUCCUGUGGAAGUCACCUUCACCAACCACACCGACUCACCGGUCUGCAACAUCAGAAUAGGGGACAAGAAAUUGCAGGCUGGGAUGACAUUACAGGAGUUCCCGGAGAUCCCGUCCCUUCCUGGUGGGGGGUCCAUGUCUGUGUCUAUAGGGAUCGACUUUAAGGAUACCAUACAGCCUGCAAACUUCCAGAUUUGCACCCAGGACCGCAAGUACAACGUCAGCAUCAAACCACCAGUAGGAGAACUGUUCCAGGCAGUCACCAUGUCUGAGGCGGACUUCACAGCACAGCAAAGUAAGCUAACGGGUAUGAAUGAAAACUCGGGCAAGGUCAGCAUCCCGUCCCAGCACAACAACUCCAAAACCAUCACCGCCCGCAUGUCCGAGCUCGCCAACGUCGCUCCAGUCUCCUCCAGCCAGGACGGGCUCUACAGAUUCGCGGGAAAGACGGUCAGCGGCGGGACGUUGCUGCUGGUCACGGUCAAGGUGGGCGAGGACAACUCCGCUAACAUUACGGUCAACUGUGAACUAAUGGCAAUCUGUUCCAUGUUAGUUAAAGAGGUCAAACAGAAGCUGUCGCAGGCGUGACGAACGGUCGUCCCGUAGAUCGUGACGAAUUUCAGAGUCUUUGCUGCAGAUUAUAUUCUUCUUCCAACUAUAUACAGUCAAAUUGUUUGCAACAAUAUUUUAAUUGUAAAGAUAUUGAGGAAGAUAUGACACUGGUUUAAAUGGGUAGGAGGGGUAGAUAUCAUUGGGUAUUCUACAAUGCAGUCCUUUGCAUAUAUGCUAUGUCUACAUCACGUUGACUUAGAAGUGGCACAUGCUUUUUUCGGUCGUUUACGGAUAGGUGUUUUAAGGCAAAGUUGGUCAAGUACCAGUAUUGUGCAUCAGACAGACAUCUCAAUAUUGAAUAUUCUCCAAAUUUUCCUGUAGAGACAUUACAGUCAGUUCUGGUGAAACUUCUCUAGACCUCUAGACAUUAAAUGGAUGAUUUGUAUUUGCUGAUAUCAAUGCAAUGAUGGUAUACAGUGCUAAUAUAUUUAUGAAUGAUAUGCUACUCAACAUAGCAACAUAUCUAACCAGGACAAACAAUUAUCGCCAUAUCUCUGUCAACUUUACCAGUCAGGCCAGCCGUAAAGUUAAAGAAUUUCUAGUAACACACCAGACUGCUGCAAGACCACUAACAAAAAUAGCUUUUCCUGUGGCAUCUGUAUACUGUGAUGGUAAAAGAUAUAAUGUUAAGUUCAACACUCAUUAACUUCCAGAAUACAUGUAGAAUUUUGUGGGAAUGUGCCAUGAGACAUACUAGAUUCUUUCAUUAGAGAAGUGAGCUUUAAUAAUUUGAAGAUUAGCCUGUAUGUGACUGUAACUGUGGUUGGGUGUAUUCAAAACCUACUCUACGACCAGAAGACAAUCUCUACACGACUUUCUGUCAUGUUCUUCCAUUUUAAAUCAUGAGUAGGUCUGAGCACAAAGUCUUGUCAUUUUCACCACCAAGGGCAUAUCAAAGACAGUAUUUGACUAAUCAAAUCUUUAAAGUUGUGUUAAUUCUCUAUUUUGUCGGAUAUCCUUUGAAUACGUUAUCAGAAUGAAGAGACAUUAAGAGAUGAAAUGUUAUUUAGGUAGCUGUAAUCAUAUUGUGUCAGCUCUGUUAUUGUUGUUGAUAAGAAUAUUAUGUUCAGUUAGAGAGGGAGUGGUAAGACAUGGAGAUGAAUGGGUUUAUGUGUAAUAUAAGGUCAUUUUGUCAUAAUUUUGCUAUCAGUAAGAUAAAGUGUUAUUUCAUUAUGAUAGGUAAAGGUACUUGUGAUUUAGGCACAAAUUACAAAACGUCUUGUUGAUAAUGGAAAUCGUUUGUGUUUUGUUUUGUUGAACAUUACGUCUGUAUAAUUUUUUCCACUUAAAGGUAAGGUAUUGCCAACUUCCUGUUUAAGCCACAAUGUUGCUCUUAACUCAACUGUUUCUUGUAAUGUCCAAACAAUACAUACUUGCUAAGCUUCCAAGGAUCCAAGCCCUGGUUUUGUCUUGCAGAAACUACAAUGUAAGAUGCAUCAGUAUGUAUUUCAAAUAUUAAGUGUCCAAAACAUGCAAUAUGGUAAGAAAAUAUCAAGUACAUUACAUAUUGGUUUAUUCAUUCAAAUUCACACCUCUAGCACCUAUUACAGUGCAGUUAAAACUUAAGUUUUUAAGUAUCUGAUCAAGAAUGCACAUUUAUUGUCUUAAGGAAAUGCUAGUCCAGGAACAAAAAGAAUAAGCAGAAAUUUUCCUUGAGAUUGGACACAUUGGAAUACUAUAGUGGGCAGGUCUAAUGAAGUUGAUUUUUGCUUUUAAACAGAGCAGAGUAAACGUCAAAACAGUAGACAAAAAGCAAAAUGUUCCUUCCUCCCUCCCUACCAACUUCGUCAGUCAGAAGAAACUUCUUAAGUGUCAAACUGAGCUCCAAACUCUUGAAGGCACAGAGCAUCUUAAUGUAGGAGAUGUGCAAUGUCACGUUCUGCAGUGAACUUGGUAAUGAGGAUUCCCAAGGCGGCUCAUCUUCCGUGGGCUUGCAGAAUGUCAGUGUGGAAAAUGUCAGUCCCUCUGGGUGGGAUGGAAGCCUGGAUGGGAGGAGACGUAGUGUUCAAAGGUUGGGCACAAAUUACAGCAGAUCAAAGGUAACCCGGAGAGGGAACAGAGCUAGCGUGGUAAUUUAUGUACUGUGUUAUUUUUGAUCAGGGCCUUUUUUUCUUAUGAGCUAGCAGAGGGAAGGAGUGGUUGGAAAGAUUUUGGGAAGAUGAACACAGAUGUGAUGUUAUAUACUCACCGUAGACAAUUUUUGCAAAGUUUACCCGUGACAGUUGAUUGAAGGUAACUCUAGCAUGGAAAAUUAUAUGUGUAAUUUUGAUCAUGUCCUUUUACAUGUUUGACAAUUAACACUGUGCCACUGGAAGCCUGCAGAAAGGGUGACAGAAGUUCUGUUUGGAAAGACUGUUUGGUAAAACUGUGCCAGGAGUUCUGGAGAGGGAUGUACUGAAACACUUGAGAUGUUUAAAGGCAAGUGUUUCUCUCCUCUGAUAUUAGAGAAAAAGAACUGUACAUUAGACAAAAUGAUGGGAAGUAAUUGAAGCACAUUCCUCCAUGUACAUGUGCAUUAACUGCAGGCUUAGGGUGAUGAUUCUGUGAAGGACCUUCCAAUACACGACCAUUGCUGCCAA